AUGGAGGAAGAAAGAAAAGCCAAAAAAGCUCAUGUUCUAAUCCUACCUUUUCCGGGCCAAGGCCAUAUCAACCCUAUGUUUCAGUUCGCUAAACGUUUAGUCUCCAAAGACGUCAAAGCCACAUUGGUAACCACCGUCUUCCUCUACAACUCCAUUCAUUCCGACCCAACCAGCUCUAUUGAUCUCCAGACAAUAUCUGAUGGUUUUGACGAAGGCGGCUUUGCUCAGGCUGGGAGCCCUGAGAUUUACCUGUCAACUUUCCAGUCUGCUGGCUCGCAAAGUUUAGCAAGUUUAAUCAAUAAACUAGGUGAUGAUGGUCAUCCCCUUGAUGCCAUUAUUUAUGAUGCAUUUAUGCCUUGGGCACUCGAUGUUGCAAAGCAGUUUGGGUUACGGGCAGCAGUGUUUUUCACGCAGUCUUGUGCUGUUAACAGCAUACAUUACCAUGUAAGCAGAAGACUUGUCAGGCUACCACUUGAAGGACCUAAUGUUUCCUUUCCUGGAUUGCCUCUGCUUAAAGUUUCCGAGCUGCCAUCUCUUGUGUAUUAUUAUGGAUCAUACCCGGCCUGGUUUGAUAUGAUCGUGAAUCAAUUCUCCAACAUUGAUGCAGCAGAUUGGGUUCUUGUUAACACUUUUUACCAAUUGGAGAAAGAGGUUGUAGAUUGGAUGUCAGAAAUUUGGAAGCUAGGGACAAUAGGACCAACCAUUCCAUCCAUGUACUUGGACAAGAGGCUGAAAGAUAACAAACAUUAUGGUAUAAGUCUCUUCAAGCCAAACACUAGCAGUUGCAUGAGUUGGCUGAAUAGCAAGCCAAAUGGUUCUGUGGUCUAUGUCUCAUUUGGGACCUUGGCAGAAGUAGUAGUUGAACAAAUGGCAGAGAUAGCUUGGGGUUUGAAAGAAAGCAAUUGCAACUUCUUGUGGGUAGUGAGGGAAUCAGAAGAAGCCAAGCUACCAGAUAAUUUCAAAGAGGAGAUUGGAGAGAAGGGCUUGCUGGUGGCAUGGUGCCCUCAAUUGGAGGUGCUAGUACAUAAGUCACUAGGAUGCUUUCUCACUCAUUGCGGCUAUAAUUCUGUUCUUGAAGCAUUGGGUUUAGGGGUUCCAAUGGUGGCAAUGCCGCAAUGGGCUGAUCAAGCCACUAAUGCAAAGCAUGUUGAAGAUAUUUGGGGAACUGGGAUUAGAGCUUUCCCUGACGAGAAAGGUAUUGUCAGAAGAGAGACCAUAAAACACUGCAUAGAAGAACUAAUAAUGGGAGUAUCAGAAAGAGCCAAAGAGAUUAAGAAGAACACAAACAAGUGGAAGAAUUUGGCUAGAGAGGCAACCGAUGAUGGUGGAAGUUCAGAUAAGAACAUUGAUGAAUUUGUAGCUAAAGUACUCUGUGCCUAG